AUGGCGGACUUGCAGCGGGUUGUAACGGCUGCGAUGUGCGAGGAGAGGGCCCUGCAGGCGAACCAGCAGUUCCCUCGUGCAUCUGCCGCUCCUCCUCCUGUUGCACCUCCUGUGACUGCACCGGCGGCGGUUGCUCAUCAUCCUCCUGCUACCCCUGCUCCUUAUCCGUCCCUUCUGCCCGGUGAUUCUGCUCCUCAUGCUGCUGGUGCUGCGCAGCCGUUCCAGACGUUUGUGGGUCCUCCCCGCGCGGCAGAGGUUCCGGAGGCGACCCUAGGGCAGCUGUGGCGCCUCUCUGAGGGUUUGCGGGCUGUGCAUCUGAUCCAGAUGUAUGGUCACGCUGGUUUCUCUCGUGGGAACUCCCUGGAUAACGGUUCCCGGGAUGAGUGUCUUGACGCCGCGGAUCGGCUCGCGGAGCUCUUGGCGCCCGUGUUGGCUGCGCCCGCGAGGGGAGGAGUUGCCGGCGUUGGGAAGCUGGGGACGGCUGUACGAGGCUUGCGGCGCUUUUCGCGCGCUGGGACUGCAGCCGAUGUGAUCGGCGCAAGCACGGCGGAGGCCUGGAAUAUCGGGUUUGAUGAGGUAAAGGUGAUGCUGCUGCUGCACGAGCCGACCAACCAUGCUGAGGCGCUGAAUGAGUGGGAUGGAGGCAUAGUGCUCGUGUCCCACGACAUAAGACUCAUUAAUCAGGUGGCAAAGGAGAUCUGGGUGUGUGAGAACCGCACGCUGACGCGGUGGGAGAACGACAUUGUGGGCUUUAAGAACCACCUGCGGAAAAAGGCCAACAUCGACUGA